UGAAAAGGUCGUUGAAAUUUCGGUACCUGGACUUCUGGUUGAACUCAUCAACCCCGAGACAACAUGUGUACGUUUGCGUGACGACAUCAAUUCCGACUACUUUCAUGCAUUGAACAACAUUGGGAACACCUGGGUAGUUGAAGAAUCUGUGCUCUCAUUCGCCUGUGAUGCACUAUGGAGCAAAGCCCGCGAGAAUUCAAUCACGCUCAAGACUAUCAUUCACGUCCCAAGUGCCUCGGAUCCUUCAACUUUUCCUUAUGCACUUCCAGACGGUUCGGCGGGUAUCAUCUGUACUGAGGCGAGCGAACGACUUGCUGCCAGUGAAUCUAGCCCGUUAUCAGAAUGUCCGCUAUGUGGGAACAAGACAGAUUCAAUGCGUGCACAUGUUGGCAUUCACAUAUUACGAUCAUCUCGUGGUGUAACGAGCGUUGAAGAUAAUCUGAAGGAACAGGUCGGUCUUCAUCAGCCAUGCGGAUUCUGCGGGCGAUCGGGCCACGAGGAAUGCAAGAUUCAAAUCAAAAUUGCAAACAGUGGGGCUGUUUCGAAGGUCGAAUCAUCCUGCCCUUAUGCCCACACAUUCCGGUAUCCAAAUGCCGACAUUGGCUCAAACAACAGACCCUGUCGCAAUGUCCCACUCAAGUGCGAGUUGUGUCACCCGUCUUUAACGCCCAUCACGGGCAAGAAAAGUCGCACUGCCGCUCCAUUCAUCGACGCUGUUUGGCGUUACAACAUGAUCCAACACCUUGAAGAGGUCCACCCACAGUAUGCGCAUCCAGAGAAUCUCACUGGCUAUCCUCUUCCUGUGCAGAUCCUGAACUCAUUCAUGCUGACUGCUCUCGAACAAGAAGACGCGAAUAUUCCGAUGGCGCGAUGGCUUAUGCCUCUUUUCGAGGGCGAGAAGGAAAAUGUUCCAGUUGGGUCCAGUUCUCGCAAGCGAAAAACCAAUAGUUCCGGCAUCGCAAAUGCGAAGAAAGCUCGUACUUCUGCUUAGUUAGUUUUUUGUUUCCUUUCCUUUCCUUUGCAUUCUUUCACAAUCGCACGUGCACAACUCUCGCUCGCUAUCAUCAUUCUGCUUUCUUACACUUGCUACUUCAUGUUCUCGUGGAUUUCACAGCUUCCGAUUGUAUGUCAUUACUCAGGAAUCGACACACGCAUGUUUCUGGCUCGUU